UCGGUCUACUUAAUCAAAAACACUGAACAGAAAUCAAUAUUCCCGUGGAAGUGAAGAUGAUCAUGUCGCAAAAUGCUGUACAGGUUUAAGGUAUGGCUAAAACGUUCUGGACCAAUGCCAUAUAUUUUGCCAGCAGGUGUUUACCUGAUAUUGUUAGUUUUCUUUUGUUACCAAGAUUAUAUAUUAACAGAUGGAUGGUCAACUGAUGUCAACUAUAAGGAGCCUAUACCUCCAAAUCUGUUGGAAGAAUCAGAGGAGUAUUCAAGUCGAAAUCAAAGCAAGGAAAUAACAUUUGUUACAGCUUAUUUUAAUCUUGGAAAAAUCGUGAAAGGUCCUUUCAAAACAUUCAAUACACAUACAUAUUACAGGUGGAUGAAAAAUUACGCUUUUGUGUACAACGACAUUAUUCUCUACACUGAUUUAGAGGAUUUAGCAAUAAAAUUUAAAUUAGAACGAUCUCAUUUUCCAGAUCAUAUGACCAGAAUAUUUUUAAGAAAGCAAAAUGAAUUUUGGGCAUUUGGAUUAAAACCAAAAAUUGAGAAAAUUUACAAUCAAUCAGACUAUCCAAAAUGGUAUCCGAAUACAGUCAUGGCUUCAUAUUCGUGUGCCAUGCACGUAAAGUAUGAUCUUAUUCAGAAGGUGAUAAAAGAAAAAUUAGUAAACACAAAAUAUUUAGCAUGGAUAGACUUAGGUUAUUUUAGAGGCAAUGAAAAAGGUAUUUUUUCAUUAAAACCUCCACAAAAUAUCAAAGACGAUCAUAUAGCAUUUGUACAGAUUGAUAAAUACGUCGACAUGACGCCAAAACAAAUCAUGUUUAGUAAUAGUGUAUUUUUAGCAGGUGGAUUAUUCAUUGGUAGACCUCAGUACUUACUUCUUUUGGUUGAAGAUUAUAAAAAAGCAGUUGAAGGAUUGAUUGCAAUGAAUAUAAUGAACACAGACCAGCAGGUACUUUAUUGUAUGUACUCGCUGAAAUCUCCAUUCCAAUCUAGAGUACCGAUCCAGAGAUAUUACAGCCAGAGCCGCUUUUUAUGGUUCUAUCUUGGUGACCUCUGUAGCGAAAAUAGUUUAUUUUUAAUGAGAAAAAAGACAAAAUUACGAGAAUUUAUAGCAAGUAGUAUAUUUUUGUAAUGUAACUAAUGAUUAUGACAUUGUUAACAUUGUUUAAUCACUAUUGUUUUAGGAAUUGGCUUAUUCAGUACAGCAUUUGUUUGUGGUACAUUUUAAAGGUUGAUUACUAGCAAUGGAUAUUCAGCCAAUGAUGGAAGGCUAUUUUUAAUUCAAGAAAUUUAUUAAUACUCAGAUAUUCAACUUACAAAAUAAUGAGUAUGUGUAUGACCAUAAAGAAAAUUUCAAAAAUUGUGCAUGAAUUUGGUGUAUGUUCUAAAAAUAUCAAUGAUGUCAUUGUUAAAGUAAAAAAUAUACUAGUAUUUAUGCUCCUCCAUUGACAUCCUGUAGAAAUAACUAUAUACACUUAACAUAUCUACUAUUUUGUAUUCAUGCAGCAAGCUCUGUUCGCUUCUCUUUUAAAUAAAAAACCAAACAUCUUAUUGGCAAAAUUUGUGCCACCAUUUGUGGCGCUAUUUUAUUUCUACUUUCAUAUUUAUUUACAACAACUAUAAUGAUAAGCAAGAUGGAGACCAAA